GAGAAGAGCGUCAGCGAGUAUAAAAGCCUCCAGUCUGUGGGUGCUGUCAGCAUCACUGAGAGAGGAGGAAGGUGCACCGGGCUGGACGCUCCAAAGUAACCUGCCACAUAUUAAUUUCAUAUUUACACCCUUUCCCUGCUCCGCUUGGAAAAACAAUAAAAUGCGAGCAGAUACACUUUUAGAAUGAACUCGGAUUAACUGAGAAACUCUGAUCUCCCGCUGAGACUUUGAACCCUAAACGCAGGAUGAGGACGAUGCGGAUUUUUGCAUCCACUCUCGCCUACAGCCCCACUUUGGAAAUUAAUCUGAAACAGGACGGAAACCUGCGGAACUUGCUUUAAAAAAAAAAAAAAAAAAAAAAAAAAAAAGUAACUCACCUGUUUUUCCUCUGCAGCAUCAUGCAGAGCAACAGCAACGUGUCUGGACCUCUCACCGCUCUGAGUGUGUGCGGGGGAGAAGAGGAUGAGCGCGAAAUCGCCAAACUGGUCAGCACCACAGGAGCAGCCUCCAACCUGGCAGCUUUUAACCUUUCACUCAACUGCUGGCUCCACAUCCUCUCCAAGGAGUCCUCAGUGGACCUGCACGGAGACAGCGCGAACCUGGCAGUGCGAGUUCUCAUUGCCCUGGUCUACCUGGUGGUGUGUGUCCUGGGGCUUGUGGGUAACUUCCUGGCACUCUUCCUGCUCCACUCCCGCCGCCGGGGUCACCACCACUCUUCUAUCGACUGCUUUGUGAUGAGUCUGGCGCUGACGGACCUCCAGUUCGUCCUCACCUUGCCCUUCUGGGCCGUGGACACGGUGCUGGACUUCUGCUGGCCCUUCGGUCGGGUAAUGUGUAAGAUCGUGAGCUCGGUCACCACCCUCAACAUGUACGCCAGCGUCUUCUUCCUCACCGCCAUGAGCGUGACCCGAUACCGCGCCCUGGUGACCUCCCUGAAGAUGGACAGCCCGAGGAUCGCCACUGCUCAAGCCAAGUGGGCCAGUUUAGCCAUUUGGGUGGUGUCACUGGUGGCUACGCUGCCUCAUGCGCUCUACUCCACCACAGUCCAGGUAUCUGCUGAUGACGAGCUGUGCUUAGUGCGGUUCUCCGACUCCGACUCAGGCCACUGGGAUCCUCAAGUCCUGCUUGGACUCUAUCAAACACAAAAAGUCCUCUUAGGAUUUGUGGUCCCCUUGAUUAUCAUCAGUGUUUGCUACCUCCUCCUCCUGAGGUUCAUCCUGAGCCGGCGCAUUGUAAGCAGCGUGGUCAGUGGAGGUGUCACAGAGAAGUCAGAGUGUGAGAGGGGACGCCACCGCCGCCGCUCCAAGGUCACUCGCUCUGUCACCAUCGUAGUUCUGUCCUUUUUCAUCUGCUGGCUGCCCAACCAGGCUCUCACCCUGUGGGGGGUGCUAAUCAAAUUUGACAUGGUGCCCUUCAGUAAAGCCUUCUACAACGCCCAGGCCUAUGCCUUCCCCCUGACUGUGUGUCUGGCUCACGCAAACAGCUGCCUCAACCCGGUGCUCUACUGCCUGAUCCGACGGGAAUACAGAGCUGGACUGAAGGAGCUUCUGCUGAGAGUGUCUCACUCUGUCCGAAACGUCCUCACCCUGGUUUUGAGAGGGAGACGAGUAGAGGAAGCACCAUCCAAUCUGGUUAUGAUACACAAAGACAUCAAUACGUGAUUGACUGUUAGAGGAAAAAUUUGCCAUUUUGGGAAAUGUGCUUAUUAACUUUUUACUUGCUGAGAGUUAGAUGAAAAGAUUGACACCACUCUCAUUUCUGUACGUCAAAUAUGAAGCUACCGCCAGCAGCCAGUUAGCUUAGCUUAGCAUUAAGUCUGGAAACAGCUAGCCUGGCUCAGUCCAAAGUUCAUAAAACAUCUAAAACUCACCAAUUAACAUGCUGUAUCUUGUGUGUUUAAUCGGUACAAAAACUGAAGUCUAAAAACGACCACUCAGUGUUUUACAGAGGGUGACAUGCCUGAAUAUUUCUGGGUUGGGACCUGCUACUUCCUGGAGUCAUUGGUUUUUGAACAGAUUAAACAAACAAGAUACAACAAGUGAUGAUUAGUGAGCUUCAGAGGUGCUGAUCUGUGAAUCUUGUUACCUCUGGACAGAGCCCCGCUAGCUGUCCCCCCAUUUCUAGUCUUUGUGCAAAGCUAGGCUAACUAGCUGCUGGCCGUAGCUUCAUAACUAACAUACAGUAUCAGUCUUUUCAGCUCACUCUCAGAAAGAAAAGCAAGUAAGCACAUUUCCCAAGAUCUCAAACUCUAAUACUAAAGGAAAGGCUCUUUUAUGAGUCAACAAUUACGUGCCACAUUUUCUUUGGUGCCAUUUUUUUUAACCUAAAUUCUGUCGGACACUCUCAUCCCUCCAAAUCUAUUUCAAACACUCACACACUUCAGUACACACACCUGUUGCAGACACACCUGAACAACUAGGAACUUGUUUUGGAACAGCUUUGGAUGGGCUAAUUCAGCCAGUACAUUCUUGAAAAGGAUCCAACAAUCCAAUCAGUCGGCUCUGAGUUACACAGUGAGCUGAUUUUGUUUUCCACACAAUCAAGCAAAAAUGCCGAGUAAUGUUUGACUUGUAAAAUGAUUUUUUGUAGUUUGCAGUUCUACUGUAAGGAGGACUGUGAGAUUGUUACAUUUAAUGAGGAGUGAUGUGUUAAAUAUUUAUUUGAGUUAUUGGUGCUAACACAUUUAGGAGAUUAAAAUCUGCCACACUUUACUCAUCACAUGCAGUAAAACUUAACUCCUCUUUCAGUGUAGGCAGUGUUUGAUGCUAGCAUGAAACUGUUGUCCAUUUUCAUGUCCCUCUGUGUCUGUCUCGCUGUACCGCUGUGAACUGUUUUGUAAAUACACGUGUUCUGUGACAUUAAAUAAAACGAGAGGA